UAUGUGCCUGAAGAUUAUGAAGAAGAUGCCAAGAGUACAAGCUUGGCUGUUGAAUCUGAAAGUAUUAUGACAGAAAGUGUUAGUGUUAUAACAGAUAAAUUUGACUUUGAUAUAGAAUUGAAACUAUUUCUUUUCAACUAUACAAGUUUUAAUAAAGCAUGUGAAUUGGCAAAAGCAGAAAAAAGUGAAGAUUUCAAUAUUCUAAAAGAAAACCAUAAUAAUGCUGAUACAGACAGUAGUGACAUAGUUUCAACUUUGAUAUUCGAUUUUGAACCCAGAUUAGAUGAUGAAAAUGAAUACCUUGUUGAGAAUAUUAUUAAGACCAAUACUAAAACUAGACUUAGUUAG